CUAUCCCGCCUUGAGACGCGUCGGUAUCCUGUAACGCGUAUUUCCAUUGGUUUCAUAGUAGUCGCUUCUGCAAUGUUAUAUUCGGCAAUUAUCCAGUAUAUCAUUUAUAAUACUGGCCCUUGUUUUGAGGAAACUCAUUGUGCCAUUGACAGUAAAUCAGUUCCGGAUGAUAUUAGUGUUGGUGGCAAGCUCCUUCUUAUAUUCUAG